UUUACUGAAUGAAUUAAUUAUGGCUGCAAUGUCUUCAUGUAUUAACUAAUUUAUUCAGUCAGUAUUUUUGUGACCACAGAAUACUGUGGUCCGCAGACAGACAGACAGACAGACAGGGACAGAGUGAGGUCUAUAAAAGUAAACGGGGCUUACACACUGUUGUAGUAUGAGCAGAGAGAAUCAUACACACACUUUCACACACACUUGCUCUCCCUAUACACACAUACACACACACACAUACACACUCCGGCUCUGCAGCUCCACGCGUGCAGCCUGGAAAGCGACCAAAGCUGCAGGCUUCACUUCAAACAAGCUGGACUUUUUAUUUAUUUUACUGUUUGUUUUUUUUUUUAUCCAGAUUAGACCAGGAGAAGUUGAUCUCUAAGUGACUGGAGAUUGAAACAACCAGAAACACACAACGUGAUUAAGAUCCAGGGCUGCAACUUUUGUUUGUGCGUUAAUAUUAUUUCUGAGUGCGGUUUCGCUGGAGCUGAAACUUUUACCCUGAAACCGCGGAGGGCAUGCCGGGGUUUGUGGCUCUGUUGGCCGCGUUUGCAGUCCUCUCGGCCGGGUUGAGGAGCUCCGUAGCCGGGGUAGAGAUGCUGUUCUCCGUAGCCGGGGUGAAGAGCUCCGCCGCGCCCGCGGUGGAGAGGACAGCAGCCGGGGUGAACACUACCACUGUGGCCAGGGUGGAGAGCUCCGGGGACGGAGGAGCGGGGCGGGCUGGCUGCCCUGGCCACUGUCGGUGCGAGGUGGAAGGGCUGCUGCACCGAGUGGACUGCUCGGACCUGGGGCUCCGGGAGAUACCGAGCAACCUGAGCGUCUUCACAUCCUACCUUGAUCUGAGUAUGAAUAAUCUGACUGUGUUGUCCAGCGGAAGUUUGUCCAACCUGCACUUCCUGGAGGAGCUGCGUUUGGCGGGAAACGAUCUGUCAUUCAUCCCCAGAGGAGCGUUCGCCGGCCUCUACAACCUCAAAGUGCUGAUGCUUCAAAACAACCAGCUGAGGUCCGUCCCUGCUGAGGCGUUCAACAACCUGCACAACCUGCAGUCACUCCGCCUGGACGCCAAUCACAUCUCCAGUGUUCCCAGUGGCUGUUUCUCCGGCCUGCGCUCGCUCCGUCACCUGUGGUUGGACGAUAACUCUCUGACCGAGGUGCCGGCGGAGGCUCUGAGUGACCUGUCUGCCCUGCAGGCCAUGACCCUUGCCCUCAACCACAUCAGCCACAUCCCUGACCACGUCUUCAGCAAACUGAGCCGCCUGGUGGUGCUGCAUCUCAACAACAAUAGGAUCGUUUCCAUGGGAACGAACUGCUUCCACGGACUCCACAGUUUGGAGACGCUGGAUUUGAACUACAACAGUCUGGUGGAGUUUCCCACAGCCAUUCGCUCGCUGAGCCACCUCAAAGAGCUUGGUUUCCAUAGCAACAACAUCCAGUCCAUCCCUGAGCAUGCUUUCACUGGGAACCCAUCACUGAUCACCAUAUUUUUCUACGACAAUCCGAUCCAGUCUGUUGGACGCUCAGCCUUUCAAAACCUACCAGAGCUUCGCACACUCUCUCUGAACGGUGCUGCAGAUCUCACAGAGUUUCCAGAUCUGACAGGAACCAAAAGUCUGGAGAGCCUGACCAUCACAGGAGCUCGGAUCACCUCUCUGCCCAGCUCAGUGUGUGAGCAGCUUCCAAACCUGCAGCUACUUGAUCUCUCCUAUAAUCAGAUCCAGACUCUUCCCAGCUUCUCUGGCUGUGAAAGUAUCCAGAAGAUUGACCUGCACCAUAACGAGGUGGAGGAGCUGCAGGAGAACACCUUCCACGGUCUGAUGUCUCUGAGCUCUCUUGAUUUAUCAUGGAACAGAUUGUCGUCAGUGAAGCCAAACUCUUUCUCUGCUCUGCCCGCUCUCACCAAACUUGACCUGUCGUCCAAUCAGCUGUCCUCCCUCCCUCUGGUUGGUCUGCAGAGUUUAACUCACCUGCGAUUAGCUGGAAACGAUCAGCUGAUGGAGUUAAUACCUCGAGAGGACCUGCCCCGAGUCAGGGUGAUGGAGCUUCCUUACGCCUUCCAGUGUUGCGCCUUUGUCUCCUGUGAGAGGAGAGGUGGAGGAGGAGGUGGAGGUGGAGGUGGAGGAGGAGGGGGAGGUUUGUCCUGGGAGAGAGAGGAAGCAGCAGACUUUACCAGGAGUGAUGCCUCCGUCCUCUCCAGCCAAGUGGAUCAGGACUGGGAGGAUUUCCUGAUGGAGUUUGAGGAUGAACCAAAACCUCACCACUCAGUCCACUGCAGCCCUGCACCAGGACCAUUUCGUCCUUGCCUCCAUCUGCUCGGCAGCUGGUUGAUCCGUGGAGGGGUGUGGCUCAUUGCAGUGCUCUCAUUGGUCAGCAACAGCCUCGUUGUGCUGUCAAUCUUCUUUUCCCCCAUGGCCACCGCCGCCUCAGUCACGCCCCCCAAGCUGCUGAUUGGUCUGCUGGCCCUGGUGAAUGGCCUGAUGGGAGUGUGGAGCGGCUGGCUGGCGGCAGUGGAUGCCUGGACGUUUGGGAGCUUCUGGAGGUACGGGGCAAAGUGGGAGAGCAGCUUCCUGUGUCGACUCAGCGGCUUCCUGUGUGUUUUUGCAUCGCAGACCAGCCUCUUCCUGCUCACUGUCGCAGCUCUGGAGCGAUGCCUGGCUGCCGCACAACGCUACAAAACUGAGGAGCACAGCGGUCGCUCCUCGUCCCAGCUCUCCAUCUGUCUGUCCAUACUUCUUUGCUUCCUGUUGGGUUUGGGCGUUACGCUGCCCCCCCUGGUAGCCGGACACAGUAGCACAUCCCUCUGUUUGCCGCUGCCUUCCUCCUCCUCCUCCUCCUCCUCCCUGGUCUUCUCCGUCUCUCUGGUGCUCCUCGACUCGCUGUGCUUCCUCCUCAUGACGCUCGCCUACACUCGCCUCUAUUGUCGGGCCAACAAAGCUCCACCCGCCUCAGAGGAGGAGACGGCACUGACUCGACAUGUCGCCUGGCUGCUCUUCUCCGACUGCCUCCUCUACCUCCCUGUGGCCUUCCUCUCCUUCUCCUCCCUGCUGCGUCUCCCCACCGCUGGGCCAGAGGCAGCAAAGGGGGUGCUGCUGCUCGUGGCACCGCUGCCAGCCUGCGUCAACCCUCUGCUCUACCUCCUCUUCAACCCACUUGCCAGGGAGGAACUGGCAGUGAUGGUCAAACGUACCUGUGGGGCUGUGGUGGUGCCAAGACUACACAGAGGAGGAGGAGGAGGAAGGUCGAUGCCUGUAAGCAUGGAUUCAACGUACGACGAAGACGCAGAGAAACAGUCAUGUGACUCGACUCAGGCACUGGUAGCAGUCGGAGGCACUAAGGAGGAGGAGGAGGACGAGGAGAGAGGAAGGAUAAAGACAGAGACACAACAUUCAGUGGCGUUUGUCGUUCCACGUCACUAGACUGACACACAACACAAAAACACACAUACAAACACACAAGGUUUGAAUCUCUCACCUGCAAAAGGCCAAAUAUACCUGACAAACUCUUAGAGACACACCUUAAAUCAUGACUUAUAUGCAUUCUUUGGUGUCUUUUGUCCCAGCUGGCCACCGUACACUCCCUCAAAUGAUGCCCAAUCAACUCAAAGCAGUGCUUCUCUGCCUACUGGGUUGGUCGGCUGAAAAAUGCUUGAGACAGCUCAACCUCUCUACACCCAAAUUCAAAUUCAUAUAUAAAAUUUGUCCUGAUGGUGGAAAAGUUGUGGAGGUUCAUAAAAAUGUAGGAGGGGGGGGUUACCACUCUGUGCCCAGGGGCCCAUUUCCUCCUGAAUCCAUCCAUGGUUUCAGGCAAAUGUCUCUCAUAUUUAGCUCCAUGGCUUUUAAAGCCCGGAGUGGAUAAAUCGCAGUAUGUUGUUUGUUCUGCAGCCUGUAGGGGGCUCUUGUAGGACUUUGGCAGGUGAGACAAACACCUGACUUUAGGACACCACAAAAACACACACACACACACACACACAGUUACAGAUACACAUACACAUGUAGACUGAUAUGACUGUGGCAGCAAAUGCAGCAGAGGAUGGUGAAAGAAAACAAGAGACAUGACAGCACAUGAAGAUGCUCAACAUGAACACAUCAGUUCAUGACUCCAUCUCUCUCUCUUUUUCUCUUAUUGCUGUCUAUGUCUCUCUACCAUCUUUUUUGUUGCAACUUUUACAUAAAAAAAGUUGUGGAUAAAAAUGAGUGAAGAAAAACUUCAAUCCUGGACUUCAAAACCUGGGUCACAUACGAAAGGACAAACACACACACGAGUAUGAAUUCAACAGCUUUUAUUUUGAAAUAUAACAUGAUUUACAGCAUUGUGUCACCAAACGUCCAACAAAUGUUUGAGCAAAUGCUGUUGACCAUUUUCUUUGUGUGUGUGUGUGUGUGUGUGUCCACAGCUAAUGUGCUUUUGCGAGUGUGUGUGAAAACUGCAGCAUCUGUGUGAGUUUUGCCACAGAGUCAGUCCCCAAACUAAAAACAGGAACCAGAAUACAAACAGGAUUAAAGACCAAUUUUCACAGCACGAGCUUAGAGUUUUCACAAUAAAAUAACUGCCCCGAGUUCAGACUGUACCCACUUCACCAGUGUUAGUGGUGACAUUUCUAAAGGAUAAAGCUUUUAUAUAUCAAUUUUUUUUAUUGUCCACAAACCCCAAGAAAAAACCAAAACCAGCCAUGUCUCAGUUUGUCUCUCAACACUUUCUGUCUGUGGCUCUCAGCUCUGAACCUAUCAUUUCCUACUGAAAACAUAAAUCUGGUUCGGAAAUAAAAACUUUUCAACCUGUCAACCUUUUUCAAAUGGAAAUUGGAAAUACAUUAUAUAAAUUAGAAAAAAACACAUUUAAAGCUUCUAAAAAAAUAUUCAUAUAAAAUCAAGGUCAGAUCAUCAGUCAAAUGUCUGCUCUUCUGUCAAAGUCAAAACAUUUGGUUUAAAACUAAUUUACUUACUUACUGUGAGUGCAUGUAUGUAUGUAUGUAUGUAUGACAUGUUUAUGCAUAUUGUUGUAAAUACAGGCUACUGUGACAAUCUCAUGUUCCUAUUAUGUUAGACUGUGAGAAAUAUCUUUGCUGUUUAUAAUGUUUGUGUGUACAGUUUGAUAAUGAUGCCGCCCAGAGAGGUUUGCAACAAUGUUUGCAAAUGUUUUUGUUACAAACUGUAAAAUUUAAAAGUUUUACUGCAUAAGUCUGAGGAUUUUACUAAACUGAUAACACUUUAUUGUGAAACUCACAACCUGCAUGAGCUUUGACACAAACCCAAAUCACCCCCCCAAAAAUAGCUUAACUAAAGCUCCACUUACUAUCUUUCAGCUGGAUCUCACAGUCUUCACCGUCAGUGGGUGGAGUUUGCUCACUAACACAUGACCAAAUAUUCUGUGGGAACCUCCACACUGAACUGUCUGCAUGAUGCUUCCAUCCAGGAUGUGAGAUUCAGUUGAAAGCUCCAUGAAAAAGUCAAUAAGUGGCCCUUUUUUGUCCAGUGUGGUUUGGAGAAAAAAAUAACAAACUUGUGUGUUUAUAUCUGUAAAAGCAAAUUUACCGUGUUGUGGUUUUAAAUUGUAUCAAAGUUAUCAAAUUGUUUAGCAAAUUGUGGGGAGUGGAGUCUUAAUUACAGGCUCCGCCCACAUUUGUAGCCAUGGCAACAAGGAAAAAAAAGCAUUGACUGUUUGAAUGUCUGCAGCACUUAAAAAAUCUUUUAAAUAAAAUACGUUCAUAAGCUUUGUUAAGAAAUGUCAUCUGUCUAUCUGUUGUAAACUUUUGUAAAUCAUCUGUUUUGUGUUUUGAAUUAUUUUAGUUUGUAAAAUCCAGAAUGGAGUUUUAGUUUGUAUCGCAUAUAAAACAACAGCGUGGCUGU